AUGGACCUAAAGAAUUUGGCAGUAGGAAUAGUGUUCUUACUCCAGAGCAUAGUUGGAAUUCUGGGAAAUUUCUCUCUUCUUUCCUACUAUCUCAUCCAUUACUACAUUGGACAUAAGUUAAAGACCAAGGAUUUGAUUCUCACACACCUCUUAACAGCCAACUCCUUGAUCAUUGUUUCUAAAGGUGUGCUAGAGACAAUACAGGCUUUUGGGUUGAAAUGGUUUAUCAGUGAUUUCGGCUGCAAACUCCUUUUGUACAUUCAAAGACUUGGCAGAAGCAUGUCCAUUGGCACCAUCGGUUUCUUGAGUGUCUAUCAGGCCAUCACUAUCAGUCCAAGAGACUCAUGUUGGAAGGAUCUGAAAAUCAAAGCUGCAAAGUACAUUGGACUCUCCAUUUCCCUCUGCUGGAUCCUGUACAUGAUAAUAAAUAUGAUUUUCCCUGUGUAUCUAUAUAUCAAAGAGGACAGCAAAAACCUGACACAUAAAAGAGAUUUAAAAUAUUGCUCCACUGUAGGUUAUAAUGAAGUCACAGGCUUAUUGUAUAUAGCUUUAAUUGUAUUUCCUGAAGUUUUGCUUUCUGUGAUCAUUGCCUGGACUGGGGGAUCCAUGGUUGUCAUUCUCUACAGGCACAAACAACGGGUUCAACACAUCCAUAGCGCUCAUGUUUCCACCAGAGCAUCCCCUGAGUCCAGAGCCACCCAGAGCAUCCUGGUCCUGAUGUUUACUUUUCUAGCCUUCUAUGCCCUCUCCUCUAUCUUACAGGGUUGGAAUGCUCUUGUAUAUAAUAGUGAAUGGUGGUUAAUGAACAUCACAGCCAUCAUUUCUGUGUGCUUUCCCACAUUAGGCCCUUUUAUUAUGAGACAUAAUGCCAUUGUGGAGAAUUCCUACACUUUUUCUUGUGACAAACCCCAGCCUCCCAUAACUUCCCCAACGGUGACCAGAUACUAUCAGAUACUUGAGCUGUGCUUGAAAGUGUGGGGCUGA